AUGGUCCCUGAUGUGGAGGAGUUCUGUCUAAGAGAGGAGCCUGCCAUCCAGUGUAAGAAGUGCAUGUUUGAGAACCUCGGGCCUUUUGCAUGCCGGGCAAACACCAUCCCAUUGAGCUACAUCCCUGACCGCAGUUUCUUAUUUUUUAAUCCAAGUGGACAUGAGAAUCCUAAGGAGGUUGUUUUCAAAUUUAUGGUGAAAUUUUUCCCAGUGGACCCUGGGCAUCUUCGGGAAGAACUUACAAGGUAUCUUUUUACUCUUCAGAUAAAGAAGGAUCUGGCUGUAGGAAGGCUUCCAUGCAGUGACAACUGUACAGCCCUGAUGGUGUCGCACAUCCUCCAAUCAGAACUGGGAGACUUUCAUGAAGAAACAGUUAGGAAACAUCUGGCACAAACCCGAUACUUACCAAACCAAGACUGUUUAGAGGGCAAGAUAGUACACUUCCAUCAGAAGCACAUUGGCAGGAGCCCGGCUGAAUCAGACAUUCUGCUGCUGGAUAUCGCGAGGAAGCUGGAUAUGUACGGCAUCAGGCCUCACCCUGCCAGUGAUGGCGAAGGGAUGCAGAUCCACCUGGCUGUUGCUCACAUGGGCGUGCUGGUAUUGCGGGGAAAUACAAAGAUCAAUACUUUCAACUGGGCUAAAAUCCGCAAGUUGAGUUUUAAGAGAAAGCAUUUUCUUAUCAAGCUUCAUGUCAACAUCUUGGUAUUGUGCAAGGACACUUUGGAGUUCACCAUGGCCAGCCGAGAUGCCUGCAAGGCUUUCUGGAAAACUUGUGUGGAGUACCAUGCUUUCUUCAGGCUUUCUGAAGAGCCCAAGUCGAAGCCCAAAACCCUACUUUGCAGCAAGGGUUCCAGCUUCCGCUAUAGUGGGAGAACCCAAAGACAACUUCUGGAAUAUGGGAAAAAGGGGAGGCUGAAGAGCUUACCGUUUGAAAGGAAACAUUACCCAUCUCAGUACAAUGAACGACAGUGCAGGUCCUCCCCUGACAUACUCUCUGAUGUAUCAAAACAAGUGGAAGACUUGAGACUAACAUAUGGCAGUGGAUACUACCGAAAUGUGAACGGAGCACAUGCCUCGGAGCCUGUGCUGGACAGCAGGAGGAGGAGGAACUCUGCAGUAGAGGUGACGUUUGCAGUUGAGCUGGAGCAUUCUAAACCAGAGGCCGAUCUAAUAUUAUUACAUCAGUCCAGAAGCAGUUCCUCAUUCCCUUUUAUUUAUUCAGAUUCUGUUUUUAACACUGACCCUGAUCCAGAUCCCAGAGACUUCUUUGAAGAAAGGAGUCCUCUAAGUUCCUUCCAAACAAGUUCUAAAUUUGCUGACAAUCACGUAAGAACAUCUUCUGGCCUCACAAGCAAAGUGAGUGCAGCAAGGCAGCUAACUUACACAGAUGUGCCCUAUAUUCCUUGUACUAGUCAGAAGGUUGAUAUUAUGCCUCCCCAAGUCUUCUUUUAUGUGGACAAGCCACCCCAAGUAACCAGACAGUCACCGGUAAUGGCAGAGGAAAAGCUAACACAAGACAGCUACACAGAGCCCACUGCAAUAAAGCCAGCCAAAAGAAGCACACGGAAUAUCCGGCUGAAGAGCUUUCGGCAAGACCUUCAAGAAUUCCAAGAAGCUAUGCCCAGGACUAGUGGCAGGAGCAACAUCCAUGUAGAUGUAGAAGAAGACCCAAAUUUAGAAGAUGCAUUUGCGUAUAAUAUUCAAGAGCCAACCCCUAAACGAUCUCAGAGCCAAUCAGACAUGAAAGCCAUUCGUUUUCCUUUUGGGUCAGAAUUUAGACCUUUGGGGCCUUGUCCCGCUCUGAGUUGUAAAGCAGACCUAUUCACAUGUAUGUUUACAGAGCAGGAGUUCCCAGAAGUUCUAAUGGAUCAGACUGCAGCAGAAAGGUAUGUAGCUAGUGAAUCCAGUGAUUCCGAGUCUGAGAUUCUUAAACCAGACUACUACUCUUUGUAUGGCAAAGGAAUAAAGUCACCAAUGGCCAGAAUCCGCUUGUCCUCUGGUAGUCUGCAGCUAGAUGAAGAAGACGAAGAAGUUUCUUUCAGCACAUCGACUACUGAAGACAGGACUUUGCUAAAACCAUGUAAUUACUUCUUAGCCUAAAAGCGUGAACUCUGUAUUUCCAAGCCAGUUCCUUUACCACCUUAGGUUAAAAAAUCGGCAACUUGUUUAUAAAUCAUAUUGUAGGUCACUCUUCAUUGGUGUUAAGGGAAUUUUUUUAAUUUUUGGAACCUGGCUUAGGAAAGAUCCAGCUAACACUGAAUCCCCUAGCGUCACUCUUCUAGUCCCCUCUCAACAUGUCCUCUCUUCUCCAGCAGUGUGACAGGGUGGAUUUUGUCAUCUCCAUUAUAUACUUCAUUGAAACAGUAAACAUGAAAGACAGAUUCUUCAAUACUGAACAAUGGUAACAGUGUGAGUUGGCAUGAUGAACUGGCUUUUAAUAACAUUUGUGAUUGGGUAGACUGGGGCUGUGUUGGUCAUUUUAUACUUACACAGCAUACACAUAUAGUGGAGCAUGUUUCUCCUACAAUGUCAGAAACAAGACGAUAGCAUAGAAUCUCUCAACACAACACAAAUUUACAAUUAAUAUUGUAUUUGACAGAAUUCUAAGCCCAUGAAAUUCAUGAAGUAGGUACAUCUCUAAAGCCAGUUAUAUGCCUGAUGAGGACCUUACGAUGUUUGACUUACAACUUCUCUAUUCUUAACUAUCUGUGUAGUGAAGGAGAAAAGUUAACAGGUCCAUUUGCUGAUUGAAUCUCUCCUGCCAGAAUUUAUUUUUGUCCUAUCUUGUUGCAUGCUUGUAGGCAAGGAAAUGAGAUGCCAUUUUAAUAAAGAGUGAUGGAAAAUCUAUUCCAUUAAAAAACAAGUAUGGUCUUCCUUGUGUUGAAUCAAUUUCAGAAGUGAUUGAGUCUGGUUUAUUA